AUGCUUUACAAGAUAUUCCUGCUCCUGAUUCUGACAUAUACCGCGUCUGCCUGCUUCUCGUUGUCAUCCUGCCUUAAAGGAAGCUCAGAGGAAAAUGGAUUUGAUUACUCUUUUUAUGCUGAUUGCGACAACUAUUGCUUCCACAAAUAUAAAAGUAAGAGUGAGUAUAAGAAGUGCUUAGCCAAAUGCGUGAAAGAAAGCAAACCUAAAAAGAAGGAAGCUAAGAAAGCUGCAAAGACCCAAUCCAGCCACUCAUAA